AUGAAUAAAGUAAACCGAUUAUCGAUUGUUUCUGCUUUCAUAGCACUUUUUUGUUUCGUAAAUGUGUUGUCCUUGAGGGGAAAGAGUGGAUCAACUGCAGCUUCAUCAUCUCUUGAAGCAGGAACUGAAUUUUCUGAACGUAUAGGAAAUAGUUUAUCGUCAUUCCUUUCUGAGUCUUCAUCAUUAGAAGUAAUUGGAAAUGAAUUAGCUGAUAACAUAGCAAACGAAAUUGUUAACUCAUUGCAAAAGGAUUCAGCAUCCUUUUUACAAAGUGGAUUUGACGUAAAAUCUCAGUUAAAAACUACUGCAAAGAAGGUGUUAUUGGAAGCAUUAAAAGCAGCAUUAGAGCCAACAGAAAACAUUGUAGCCUCAACAAUCAAACCACCCCGAGUUAGCGAAGAAGUAUACUUUUUAAUAGGCCCUGUAGUUAAAACUCUCUUUAACAAAGUUGAAGACGUUUUACACAAACCAGUACCAGAUAAAAUAUGGGAAUAUGAAGCAAAAAGAGGUGCAUCUGAUGAAGAAGAAGAUGAAGAUGAUUUCUCUGAUGAUUUGUUGGAUUAA